AUGGCAUCUAAAAUGAAGGAUCGGAAGAGAACUCCAAUCUCCCACAAAGUAAUUGAGAAACGCAGACGUGAUCGCAUUAAUCGCUGCCUGAACGAGCUAGGAAAAACAGUCCCCAUGGCACUCGCCAAACAGAACUCGGGAAAACUCGAGAAGGCUGAAAUCUUGGAGAUGACAGUUCAGUACCUGCGAGCGCUCCACUCAGCUGAUUUCCCUCGAGGGAGAGAAAAAGGUGAGCUGCUGGCUGAGUUCGCAAACUACUUCCACUACGGAUACCACGAGUGUAUGAAGAACCUGGUACACUAUCUCACCACAGAGGACAGGGCUGAAACCAAAGACAUCAAAUACGCACGGAUCCUUGCGUUCCUCCAGUCCAAGUCCCGCGUGGUCACCGAGCCCGUGUUUGGCUCUGUGGGCUCAAUGCCAGAGCCGGCGGAGUACCUCGGCCAACUGCACUCAUCCCCCGAGCACCAAAGUCACAGUCCCGCUGACUCCGUCUACCAGCAGAGUCCGCCGGGACAUUUCUCCUGGCACAGUUCAGCCCGCAGCCCGACCAUCACUUACCCAACAGUGCCCCUUUCCGCUCCCCCACAACAACACGGUGGAUACUUAUCACCGGUGCAGGGACUCGACCACCACUAUUUCAACUUUAUUGGUCACACACAUGCAAACGCGUUUAGUUUGCACAGUGCGCAACAUGCCAUGUAA